AUGCGUCUUGGUCGAUGUCGAAAGACCAGUGCCGGGAAUUGGUCGACAGCUGAGAGGAGUGUCAGCUACUGCGUCUUCUCCCGCGGGAGAAUCCCGGCCGGCGCCUCUGCAUCGAGGGCGUCCGAAGGGAUGAGCUUCUACCAUCAUGUCUUGCUCCUGCUGUUGGUCGCAGGAGUUCCGGUGACGUGUGUGACAGUGAAGCGUGGCACAUCGCUGAAGAGGCCGAUAGUGCAUCUGCAUAAUAACAGCACCAUCAGGAACACAGUAUCCCAGCGCACACGGGCCCUCACAAGAGAUCUCAAAGCUCUGCCUCAGGGGAGGAGAGUCGUAUACUACAUGCCACAACCAAUGAGACAACCACGAAAACAUGUUCACACAGUUUACGUGAAGAAAAGACCGAACUUUUUCAGCCACAAACAUAAGAAAAAGCAUAAGAAAAAAGUAAUUCAUCAUCACCACCACAAAGGAAAAGUCAAACAUAUACAUAAACAUAAGGGUGGCUAUAAGCAUAAGCACAAACACAAAGGGAAGCACAAACAUAAACAUAAGCACAAAGGAAAACAUAAGCAUAAACACAAACAUAAGGGUAAACACAAACAUAAGCAUAAGCAUAAGGGUAAAUUGAAACACAAACAUAAGCAUAAGGGUCAUGAGAAGCAUACACACAAGCACAAAGGUCACCAGAGUCAUAAACAUAAACAUAAGGGACAUCAAAAACACAAACAUAAGCAUCAUGGUCAUCAUAAGCAUAAGCAUAAACAUAAGGGCAAAGUGAAACAUAAACACAAGCACAAGGGUAAACACAAGCAUAAGCACAAGCACAAGGGUAAACAUAAGCAUAAGCAUAAGCAUUAUGGACACCUGAAAAAUAAACAUAAGCAUCAUGGUCAUCAUAAGCACAAACAUAAGCAUAAGGGAAAACAUAAGCACAAGCAUAAACAUCACGGUCAUCAUGGACACAAACACAAGCACAAAGGACAUCAUAAACACAAACACAAGCACAAGGGAAAGGCACACCACAGUCAUAAGCACAAGGGACAUGGUAAACAUGGCCACCACCAUGACGCCUAUGGCAGACAUGCUCAUGGACACGAGUUCCAAGCAUCCCAUGAGCACAAGCACAUGGUGUCAGCCAAGCAUGCACACGGCCAUCACUUCAAAGCCAACCACAAGCACAAGCAUCAAGGCCACUCCUAUAAUAAGCACAAACAUCAUGGACACACCAAGCAUUCACACAAGCACAAAGGUAAGCACCACCAUGGUCACAAGCAUAAGGGCAACUUCAAACAUGGUCACAAGCACAAGGGUAAACUGCACCACAAGCAUGGACAUCAUGGCAAAACCAAACAUAAUCAUAAGCACAACGGUCAUCUCCAUCAUAAACAUGGUCAUAAUGGGAACAAUCAACACUCUCAUAAGCACCGAGGGAAACAGGGACAUAAGCAUAAACACAACGGACAUCUCAAGCACAAAUAUUAUAUACGUGGACAUCAGUACCAGUAUGCAGCAACAGAAAUGCAUGGCAGGCCAGUUCCUCCAAACAUUGCUAUUGAUACUGGCGCAAAUACUGACAGUGAUAUCAAUGACAUAAACGAUGCUCUAGCCAUGGUCAAAGAAGUUAAUAUGUUGACUGGAGGUACACAACUGGAUCCACAGUAUGUCAAGUAUCCAUCUGCAAGGAAUUCCAGAAUUUCCAAGCCUAGUCGGUUUGAGACCUCUGUUGAUUAUAAAGAUGAGCCUAUCAGUGCAGAUUCUUUUGCAAACUUUGAUGACAUCAGCUUCAACAGUAAUGAGUUCAAUUUCGGUACUGGAGCUGAUCAGUUUGAUGAGGGUAGUGUUGUGUCUAGUGAGCACAGGAAAAUGCCCAAGAAGAAAAAUAAGAACAAAGAUUAUGAAUAUACAGCAUUCAAUGAAGAGCCAGAAAAAUCGUUUGAAUUUCUUGAUGAUUACAGAGAUAGUAAGGAGAAUAAAAUGACCAAGAGCAAAGAGUUCAUCUAUGAUGAUAUCACACUGAAAGACCCUUUUGAUCUCACCGAUUACCAUAGUUAUUUACAGGAUUACUACGAUAGUGUUAAGAAUAGAAGCAAGUCAAAAUUGAAGAAAAUUGUACAGGAGAACAGCUAUGAAGACCCUGACAAAUUACCCUACUCAUAUGAAAUGGAGACUGAUAAGUCUGAAGCAAACUACAACUUCCCAAACACAUUUUACACACCAAAACAACAGUCUAGUGAAUCAGCAGAAGUAGAGCAGGAUUUCUACAAUGAUAAUUAUGGCUCAGCAGUGAUGCAGAGAAAUAAAUUGGGGUACAACUUUUAUCCAAGUAACACAACAAAAGUGAAUAUAAGAUACAUUAUUCCAGAAAAGACCAACAUAACUAUGUUGCAUCCACCACAAGAGGAACACCAAUGGUACAACAGCUAUGGUCAUAUUCCAUUCAACCAUCAAUCGUUCAAGAAAAGUCUGGGAACAUAAGUUAUGUAGGCCACCGACUGGCCCCAUGUGCUGGAUUGAGGUAGAAAACUGCUCAAUCGGCAUCAUGCAUUUCGAUGACGCCGCAUCAAAGAGGAGAUGUCCGCGAGAUGACACAUCGAUUAUGAUCUCCAGCAGAAUUCCUGCUCAACUAUCCCUGGAACUGGAAAAUCAAAAUACACUUUAAAUCAUGGUUAAAAUUUGUUGGAUUCCCUGCAAUAUUAUUGAGAUUGAGGAAUGGAACAAAACAUUCCCAUGUUCAUUUAGUAAUUCUUUUUAUGGCAAUACGUAUUUUUAUGAAAGACAGUUCCAGGAUAAUCCAUGAUACGAUAUCGUUGCAUCAUUUAUUAUCCAACUGAUUGAUCUGAUCAAUUACGUUUUUCACAAGGUGAUGAUAAAUACUGACGUUACCAAGAAACAAGAACGAAUAGUGGGCCAACAAAUGAGUUACCAUUCAAUAGACAUUUUAUAGUUAUAUUUUGUUAUAGUUAUUUCUGUUAUUUUGAUUCAUUAUAAUUCAUAAUAAAUGUUAUUGUUCCAUUAUAAACAAAUUUUGAUACAAUUC